UGACAACACUGGGCAAGUUCCGAUGCAGCUGUAGAGCCCUUGGCAAGUGUUAGAUCAGUCCGGGGAAGUUCCCAUCAUCACCGCCGCGAGUCAGCCUAGGUUAGUACUUUGUCUUCGGAUCAGUACACUGCGCCUAAGCCUUGACAAGAUGAUAUGCGCAUAUUGCCUAUGCAACACAGACUAUCGUCUCAACUGAUCUGCGCAAUGGUAACUCUAGCUCAGGUUAAGAAUAUUUUCGCGCAGCACAUGUUCAAUGAUCUAUGCACCCUGGUGGUCAAUGGGGGGCCGAUAAAAGCAAUUCACGACGAAGGUCAAGCAGAGAUAGUACGUCAGUUAUGGCUGCCGUUGCCAGAGGGUGGAGACAACAUCAUGCGACCAUCACUACACUGCAUGGUGGUCCAAUCGUUUGUGCUAACUUAGCUGUCUACGUUGUGCCAGCUGCAGUGGAACAACAG